CAAAAUUCAUUGUCUCACGCAUAGAAUGAGUCAGUGAGGAGAGAGAAAGAGAGAGAGAGAGUAGGCGGUGGGUUUGGGUCUCUUGGUUUGGUAGGUUUAGGUUUUUAGGGUUUUGUUAGUUUUCAGAAGAGGAGGAAGAGAGAACGAGAGAUGGGAGAGAGAGUGACCGGCAUCGUGAAGUGGUUUAGCGACCAGAAGGGGUUCGGCUUCAUAACCCCCAACGAUGGCGGCGACGACCUCUUCGUUCACCAGUCCUCGAUCCGAACCGACGGCUUUCGCAGCCUCGCUGACGGCGAGACCGUAGAGUUCGUGAUCGAGUCAGAUCCCAGCGGCCGCACCAAGGCCGUCGACGUCACCGGCCCUGACGAGGCUCCCGUUCAAGGAUCCCGCGGCGGCGGAGGCGGAGGCGGCUCCAGCGGAGGAGGGGGGAGAGGAGGCUCCCGCGGUGGUGGAAGCGGCGGCUAUGGUGGCGGCGGUUAUGGCGGAGGAAGCUACGGUGGUGGACGUGGUGGCAGCAGAGGUGGAGGCUAUGGCGGUGGAGGAGGCGGCGGCGGAGGCGCUUGCUUCAAGUGCGGUGAGUCUGGACACAUGGCGAAGGACUGCUACCAGGGCGGCGGCGGCGGAGGUGGAAGGUACGGCAGCGGUGGAGGCGGCGGAGGAGGCGGCGGAGGAGGGAACUGCUUCAACUGUGGUGGGUCCGGGCAUUUCGCUAGGGAGUGUCCAAACAGUGCUCGUUGAGCAGUGUUAGUGGUAUUAUUAGUAGUACCAGUGGUGAAAGUGGUUUUUUUCACCUAUAAUAUUAUAGGGGGUUUGGUUUAUUUUGAAUUUGGUUAUUUCGGAGUUUUGAUUUUCGGGCAUGAAUUAGCGAUUGACACUGUUUGUCACCUUUUGGUUUUUCUUUUCUUUCUUUUUUUGUUUUGUUUUUCAGUUAUUAAGUAUGAUGAAUGGGUUUGAUAGGGUUCUAUGAUCUUCUCGGAUUUGCUUGCGGUCUUAUCUUUUAACCCCUUUCAUUUUCAUUUCAUGUUUUGGGUAUUUGGCACCGUAUAUGUUGGUUAGUGAGCUUGCUUACUCUCGCUCUGUUUUUCAAGUGUGUAUACACAAAAUAUCAUAUAAUAUAUGCCGGUGUUUAUUAAUCAA